AGUUCGUGUCUAUGGUGUGAACGCAUUUAGCAGCGCUGCUAGUGUGUGUAGCAGCACAACCCGGCACCAUGAGCCUCAAUAAACACCAACUGAGUGACUCUUUAUUCAUCUGGCUGCAGACGUUUCAGGUGCCGUCGUGUGUGAGCAAACAUGAGCUGACCAGCGGCGUGGCCAUCGCACAUGUGCUCAAUAAAAUAGAUUCGUCCUGGUUUAAUGAGACGUGGCUCAGCAGGAUAAAAGAGGAUGGCGGCACAAACUGGAGGCUGAAGGUCAGCAACCUCAAGAAGAUCCUUCAGAGCAUGAUGGAGUAUUAUCAUGAUGUGUUGGGUCAGCAGGUGUCUGACGAGCACGUUCCUGACGUGUGUCUGAUCGGUGAGAUGGGGGACGUGACUGAACUGGGUCGUCUGCUUCAGCUGGUUCUGGGCUGUGCCGUCAGCUGCGAUCAGAAACAAGAGCACAUUCAGCAGAUCAUGACGCUGGAGGAACAAGUGCAGCAUGUUGUGAUGACGGCUAUACAAGAGCUGCUCACCAAAGGGCCCGUGGAGACAGGAACUCCAGAGACGUAUGGGGAUUUCGACAGUCAGUCCAGGAAGUAUUAUUUUCUGAGUGAAGAGACGGACGAUAGAGACUACACACACCGCUGCCGGGAGCUCCAGAAGCAGGUGUCUGUUCUGAUGGAGGAGAAGUCCUCGCUGCAGGUGGAGCUUCAGUCUCUGCGGGAGCGUCUCAAUCGCUGUGAGACGCCCGACGUCUCCUCCACCAUCACCAACAAGAAGCUGCUGCUGCUGCAGAGUCAGAUGGAGCAGCUGCAGGAGGAGAACUACAGGCUGGACAGCAGUCGAGACGACCUGCGUGUGCGAGCAGAUGUUCUGGAGCGAGAGGUGACGGAUCUGCAGCUGAGGAACGAGGAGCUCACCAGCCUCGCUCAGGAGGCCCAGUCCCUCAAAGACGAGAUGGACAUCCUCAGGCACUCGUCUGACCGCGUGAGUCGACUGGAGGCCAUGGUGGAGACGUACAAACGCAAGCUGGAGGAUCUGGGCGAUCUGCGCAGACAGGUGCGUCUGCUGGAGGAGAGGAACCACGUCUACAUGCAGCGCACCUGUGAGCUGGAGGAGGAGCUGCGCCGAGCGAACGCCAUCCGCUCGCAGCUCGACACCUACAAGAGACAGGUGAAGGAACGCUGCUUACACUGCUCACGUCAGCACACGAGUUUACACCGUCAGUGUGAGUACUAUGAUGCUGCUGAAUUCAAAGUGUGUGUGUGUGUGUGUGUCAGGGACACGGUUGUGCGUCUGCAGCAGGAGAAUAAGACGCUGUGUGUUCAGGAGGAGUCGUACAGACACAGACUGGAGGAGCUUCAGACGCAGCUGGAGGAUUCACAGCGCAGCCAGAACACACUCGAGACGCAGAACCGGUUGAGUCAGCAGCAGAUCUCAGAGCUGAGCGCUCAGGUGGAGGAACUGCAGAGAGCUUUACAGGAGCAGGACAGCAAGACCGAGGACGUCAUUUCGUCGCUGUUGAAGAAGAAGCUGGAGGAGCAUCUAGAGAAGCUCCAUGAGGCUCAUUCUGACCUGCAGAGGAAACGGGAGGUGAUUGAUGAUCUGGAGCCGCAUGUGGACAGUAACAUGGCGAAGAAGAUCGACGAGCUGCAGGAGAUCCUGAAGAAGAAGGAUGAAGACAUGAGACGGAUGGAGGACAGAUACAAGAGAUACGUGGAGAAAGCUCGCACCGUCAUAAAGACUCUGGACCCCAAGCAGAAGUCCAGCGCAGUUCCUGCUGAAGUCCAGGUGCUGAAGAACCAGCUGACGGAGAAGGACAGGAAGAUACAGCACCUGGAGCAUGAUUUCGAGAGGACGCGCUCCAGACACGACCAGGAGGAGAAGCUCAUCAUCUCAGCCUGGUACAACAUGGGAAUGGCUCUUCAUCAGAAGGUGGCCGGAGAGAGAUCGGGACCCAGUUCUGCUCCGGCUCAGUCCUUCCUGGCCCAGCAGAGACAGUGGACACAAGCCCGCAGAGGCCUGUCCCGCCUGCAGCCCAGAUAGACCCACUCACACCGCUGAUCCUGGACGAACGCUUCUGUAUCUGUCUGUCACCGGCCUGCUGACAGCCGAGAGAGGAUGUCUUUUAUCAAUGUGUUUUAAAUGAAGCUUUGUGUUAUUUUUAGUUGAUCUGAGCGUCAGUGUGUAGUCGAGUUUUAGUUUAGUGUUAAUUAGUGCCAGAAACCACUGCGUUUAAUGAAGUAGCUUCUUUUAAUGAUGUCUUUUUACUGUAGUUUUGGGUGUUGAUCAGGGUUACGGUGCAUGUGAACGCACUUUACACACCCGGUGCCUUCUGCCAUCCGUCAAUCAUCUGCUGCACAGAAACCAAACGCUGAAUGCUGGAAGCCUUUAAAGCCACGAACAAAUGACGUGCUUUUAUAAUGAUUUUUUUCCAGAGAGCUGCUGUGUUUUAAUGACACUAAUCAUGGAAGUUUCCACCGGUUGCUGCUUGGCGGUUUUUAGUUUUUUUUUGUUUUGAUGUAACGUCACCAAAGUCGCUGGUAUUUAUUGAGGCGGAAACACUACUGACUGUGAACACUGUGUUCUGGCCCUCGUCAGUCCGGAUGCUGAGCUUCUUUCGUUCGUUCGUUCGUUCGUUUGUUUGUUCUUCCUCCUCUGAGAGUUGCGUCACAGUGCUGAUGUUCAUGAGUUGUUCGUGUGUUUCUCACGGUGUUUUCAUCGUUCGCUCUGGACUGAUGGGGUCGGUACGGAAAUGAAUGACUUUAGUCUCACUGUUCUUCUCUUUGCACUACAAUAAAAGAGGUUAUUGGU